AUGUCUGCUUCAUGUGGUGUAACACCUUCUCUUAGGACAGAAUUAUUCACCUCAUCAUCUAAAAGUUCAAUCUUUCCUGCUCAAAUUUGUCGACCCAGAAACAAAUGUGAAAUCAGUAGAAGGGAUUUUGCAGUGAGAGGAGGGAUUGUUGCUUCUGGUGUUUCAGUCAUGGGUACUCCUUCUUCACCAUCAGCUGCUUCUCAAUCUCUUCAAGGUAGUGAGAGGUUGGCUUUUAAGCCUGAAGGUUAUAACUUUUGGGAAUGGAGAGGUCACAAGAUUCAUUAUGUUGUUCAAGGAGAAGGCUUACCUCUUGUUCUUAUUCAUGGAUUUGGUGCUUCUGUUUUUCAUUGGAGGUAUAACAUUCCUGAAUUGGCUAAGAAGUACAAGGUUUAUGCGUUGGACUUGCUCGGUUUCGGAUGGAGUGACAAAGCUCUCAUUGAGUAUGAUGCUAUGGUUUGGACAGAUCAAGUUAUUGAUUUCAUAAAGGAGGUAGUGAAAGAGCCAGCUGUUGUGGUCGGAAACAGCCUCGGGGGAUUCACGGCAUUGUCAGUUGCAGUUGGAUUACCAGAGCAGGUCACAGGAGUUGCUCUUCUAAACUCUGCAGGACAAUUUGCAUCCGAGAGUAGGAAACGAGAGGAAGCUGAUGAAACCGUGAUAACCAAGUUUAUAGUUAAGCCGCUUAAAGAGAUCUUCCAACGCGUGGUUCUCGGGUUCUUGUUCUGGCAAGCGAAGCAGCCUUCUCGAAUCGAAUCUGUCUUAAAGAGUGUGUACAUAAACACAGCUAAUGUCGAUGACUACCUCGUCGAAUCCAUCUCAAAACCUGCAACAGACCCAAAUGCUGGAGAAGUAUACUACAGAUUGAUGACAAGGUUCUUAAUGAACCAAAGUAGAUACACUCUAGAUAGUGUUCUAAGUAAGAUGACUUGUCCGCUUCUGUUACUUUGGGGAGAUCUUGACCCGUGGGUUGGUCCUGCUAAAGCCGAGAAAAUCAAAGCAUUUUACUCGAACUCAUCGCUCGUGCACUUACAAGCGGGUCAUUGUCCUCAUGACGAAGUCCCCGAAGCUGUAAACAUAGCUUUGUUGGAUUGGUUGUCCAAUGUAGUUCCCAAGCCAACUUCUCCUUAA